AUGAGCUUGGCUUUGACGGCGACAGCUCCUCGAGUGGUGAUUGACCUUACCCUCGAUGAACCUCCGGCGACGCCUCUAUCGCCAGCAGCAAGCCCGACGUCACGCGCCGUCAUAGUGCCGGUGAAGCACCAUGGCCCGGUGCUGCUCUCAGACGGGCCUCCCGCCAAGAAACGACGCGUCGAGAUUGGCGACAUGGAGAAGUCGCCGGAGCUGAAGUCUUGGGAUAUUGCUGUCCAGACGGUCAAGACGUUGUUCAAGAGCUCGCCGCUUCUCCAAAAGGGCGAUCUGGGCGACAUCGUCCUCUCUAAUCAGGUCGUGGCUGAUUUCGAGGACCGCGCUGCACCGGUGGUGCAACAGCUGGCAGCCCAGCCUCGAUAUCGCCAGGUCAAACCAAAGCUUGAGCUCACGCCGUCAAUGCCCCUUGCCCACCUGCCAGCACAACCCGUCCCUAUACCGUCACGGCCACUACUACUACCGUCGCCGCCGACACUGCCGCUGCCCGCAGCUCAAAGUCAACGUUGCCCGCGUCCUCGUCCCCCUGCGGAUCUCGACACAACCACGUCGAGUCAGAUACCCAGGCCUCGGGCACCGUUGAGGCAAAGACUCCAUCGAGCAGCCAAGCUUGACGAAAAUACCCCGGCAGGAGAUCGCUGGACUUUUCUCAAAGCAAAGCCCUACCUGGAUUCCAAGACCCGCGGCGAGAUAGCCCGUGGCAUCAAGGCUCGCAUCCCCCUACCGACAAAUGGCGCGGGACUGUCGGUCCCCUACCACGUCGAUUUCAGCCCGCGUGAAGUCGCGCAAAUGGUGGAGAUUGUGGAGAAGACUUUCUGCAUGUAUGGCAUACCCAAGACCAAGGCAGGCUUGGUGCGGAUUCUAAACCAGCUGCCCGUUGUUACCGUUCCCAAUGUGAUUGGCGACUCCAUCAGCGGGCGGACUCGUGGGGACGUCUGGAACUUCUUGUCCGACCUCCGUUCCAACACGCUUUGCUCUGGAAGCCCUCGGGUUCUGUCCCUGGAGAAGACCAACCUCCAGGGCCGUGCUCCCAACCGACGGGUCAACCGAGUCCCUGCCUUGCUCUUGGCUCGAGAGACGGAAGGCAACGCUGGCUUUGGCCGGAUGCGAAACUACGAGAACUUUCAGAACCAGUUCAAGGUGUGCCACGAAGACGAGCUCCAAGUCAUUGCCGAGUUCACCAACUGCGCCGGGGACAUCUCUGCCAUGUCCUGGCUUCCCGGCGACAAGGUCAUGUGCGGCACGACCGCUCACUCGGACGCGCACAACCAGCAAUACAACAAGCCCGGCAACCUGCUGCUCUAUUCGACCAAGCGUGGCGUGCUGCAAGCGCUUCCCGAUCACAGAAUCCCGCGACCAGCGGUCGACAAGGGGGAGAACUCGACCGAGGCUAUGCGUCAGAGCCAAGACCCUUGGCUCUACUCGUCCGUCGUAGCCACAGACUACGACAAGGCAACGGGCCGUGCCUUCACGUCGAGCUUUGACCGCACGGUCAAGGUGUGGGACUUAUCCGGAGAUUCCAUGGUGGUCACAGCCACCUGGCCCCACCAAGGAAACGUCAACUUCGUCGCGGCUGCCAAGGACGGGUCAGGGCGAGUCGCCACCGCUGCCGAUGUGCCCACGGCCGCCAUCCGCGUAUACACCGUCGACGCGGACAACGUGCAGGACAGUCCGUACCAUACCGUGUCAUGCACGAGGAACGACGCCGCAGGCUCGGACAAGUGGGCCUACGUCCCGGCGACAAUGCAUUGGGGUCGCGCCCCGGGCACGCAGCAUCUGCUGGCAAUAGGCUACUCGCCCCGUAGCUUCACGCACGACGAUGCCGACAUCCCGGAGGACAAGUUCCAUUCCGGCGAGAUUUUCCUCUGGGACGCGGCAAGGCGGUGUCAGGUGCCCGUCUUGACCAUGACCACGGCCAACGUGUUUGAGAUCAUAUGGCACCCUUGGCUGCCCCGGUUCGUCGUCGCCACCUCGCCGUCGGGGCUCCUUGUCGAGGCCGGAACCCGGACAAACAUUCACCUGUUUCAGCUGGACGGCGAGAGGGACGACGGAGCGUACAGCGAGGUCCAGAAGCUCGACUGCCCGGCCUCGGACGUCAACGAGCUCACCAUCAUGCCCAACUCCCUGCUCCACGCCUACAUCACGGCCGGGUGCACCGACGGGCGAAUCUACGUCUGGGACACGGCGCAGGGAGACCGCCCGAUCCACGUCCUCAAGCACGGCUACCCGUUGGACGACUUCACGUGCGACCGAGAAAAGGAAGACACGGGCGUCAAGUUCACCGCGUGGGGCAGCACCGCGGACCGGUUCUACACGGGAUCCAGCGACGGCGUCGUCAAGGUGUGGAACGUGCGGCGCCGGCACCGGCCCCUGAUUGGGAACCUCCUCGAAGCGCCGGGCCCCAUAUCCUGCGGCGCCUUCUCCCCGGACCUGUCCAAGCUCGCCAUCGGCGACGCCACCGGCCGCGUCUUUUUGCUGUCCAUUGACAAGCGGGACGCGCUCGAAGAGCACUUUGUCAAGCUGCCCGGGACGAAUCGGCGGAUCCGCCGCCCCCAGCCGUUUACCCCCCACCCCGAACCACCGCCGCCGCCGCCGCCGCCAAGCAGCACCGGCGGCAGCACCGGCAGCACCGGCAGCACCGGCAGCACCAGCCCCGGCCGUGGCGGCACCACACGCGAGACGCCUUCCAUCGCGCAGUACUCGCGGGAGAGGUUCCUCCUCUCGCGGCAGCUGUCCCUGCACCCGAACCCCACCAUCGGCGCCGUCCAGGGGCCCAAGUACCCCCUGACGGGGCUGUACUGCCUCGCCGCCCACGCCUCGUGCAGCCCCGACGACCCCCUGCUGCCCGAGUACGAGAGGAUGCAGCGGUCCACCCGCGACGCCAGCCUCGGCCAACGGCCCCGGCGCAUCCGCCGGCUCAAAGACGCCGCGGCGCGCCUGGACCCCGCCGCCGCCGACGAGGACGCCCGCCGCCACGCAGCCAACGCGUCGGCGGACCUGGACCUGGACGCCAUCCCGGCCGACGUCAUGCAGGACCUGGUCCGCAGCGGAGCGCAGCUCAGCCUCGACGGCGACGAGGGCUGGCACUUUGACUACGACGAAUCGCCCAGCUGGCUCGCGUCUGAUGUCUGA